AUGAAUAACUCUAGUCUAAACGAUGAUACUCAUUAUUGUUGCAUAAUUAAUAGUAGAAGAAAUUCAGAUUCAUUUUUUGCAAAUCAUGUUAUAGAUGAUGAAGGUGAUGUAUUAAGUACUAAUGCAGUGCUUUUAUAACUAUAUAAAGGGGGUUUGGAUAUAGAAGUUAUCAAAGCCAAUUUGGAGAAAGUCAGAUUGAAUCCGAAUUGGUUGAGUUAGAAGAGAGAUGAUUUGGAGUAUUAUAUACCAUAAUUUAUCAAUUACUUGGUAUUCAAAGAAAAUCAUAAAGAAUUAAUAAAUUUCUUAAUAAAUGUAUGCGAAAAUCACUAUUUUUUUGCGCAUUUGACAUACUUUUAAUUAAAAUCCUUAUCGCAAGUAGUGAAUAAAAAAGUCAUAAAUCUCAAAGAGGUUUAAGAGUUUUUGAUUGAAUACAUAAAUAUAAUGAAAGCACAAUAUGGCGAUGAAUAUUUAAUCAACGGACAUGAAUAUGUUUCCCAUAACAUAAACAAAGAAGCAAUCUAGAUUUAUGGCACUGCAGAUUAUGAUUAUUCAACACCUAAACUUAAUGCAUCAGAAAUUAAUAUAAAGCAAUACACUUCAAUAAAUGGAGAUGAUUAAAUGACAGAUAGCAGUAUAGGAUUCUCAUCUACAAUCAAUUUCUGGAAUGACAUAAUCCGAAUUUCUGAAAGACUAUAUUUAGCUUACCCAUAAAUAAUAUCCUUAAAGGCAGAUCUACAAAGAAUAAAUGAGAAUUUACCAUCUUCUGUUUACAUACCUUUUGUUAAGGACUAAAUUAGAAACUAUGUAAUCUUGAAUAUAGUGGCAUCAGAAAGCAAAGUAUUCUCUACAAAAGAAAGAUCACCCUUCUAUAUUUGCCUAGAAAUCUACAGGCCAGAUGUUGAAAAGGAUCAAAGGAAUGACUACAAAUAAUCCAUUGCAAUGACCUUACACAAAUCUAUAUUACCAUAGAAAAUGUCGAUAACAGGUUCAAUCAAUAUUGAUUAAGCCAAAUGUAUAGUGUUCCAUAUAUAAUAAGAUACAAAAGUCCAUAAUAUCUCAGUUUCACAGCCUCUUCAAAUCAUUGAAGAAGACGUCAUUGAUGAAACACCCACUGUUUAGUUUUACUCGCCCUAAAAUGAUGACGAGAAAAGUGUUUAUUAAUCAUUUUUAAAAGAGCAGAAUGAUGAUUUCGUUAGUGUAGCUAGUUCAUUUGUAUAAGAUGUACAACAAAAAAGUAUAUUGCUUGGAGAAGAUGGACAGCAUUUAUUUGGUGAAUCAGCCAAGGAUUAGGAACAAAGAAUUAGGGAUUAGUCCUUAUUUGGUAAUUUGAAAUCCUGGCGAUUGGUUCAUCUCAUUGUGAAAUCAGGGGAUAAUCUGAAAUAGGAGUAAUUUGCCAUGCAACUCUUAUCAACUAUAGAUUAGAUAUUUAUAGCUGAAGAUCUUCCUAUGAGAUUAUCCAUUUAUGAAGUGCUAUCCUUGGGACCUAAUUAUGGAUUAAUAGAAAUGGUGAAAGAUGCUAUUACAAUUGAUUCAUUAAAACGAUAGUUAUGGAAUAGACAAUAAACAUUGACCUAAUUCUUCGAUAAUAAUUUUAGUGAUCGUCAUCGAACCAAUUUCCUGCAUAGCUUAGUUGGAUAUUCUCUAGCCUGUUAUAUUCUCUAACUCAAAGAUAGACACAAUGGAAACAUUUUAUUAAAAAGAGAUGGCCAUUUAGUCCAUAUAGAUUUUGGAUUUUUUUUGGGAAAUGCACCAGGAAAGGGAAUCGAAAUAGAAAAUAAAGUCCCAUUUAAGUUGUUAAGUGAAUAUAUCGAAAUACUUGGUGGGGUUUAAAGUGAUUUGUUUAAAAAGUUUAGAGAACUGUUUUAUAAAGGUUUUAUGGCCCUUAGAAAACAUAGUGAUCGAAUCUUAUUACUUGUAAAAAUGAUGUACUCUGGACAUAAGAACUCUAUGCCAUGUUUUAAAAGAGGAGAUAAAUCUAUAACUCAAUUGGAAGAGAGAUUUUAUUUGUAGGAGGAGAAUCAAAGAUUAAAUGUUAUCUGUUAAAAUAUCAUCAAUUCGUCCAUAGAUAACUGGAGGGCAAAAUGGUAUGAUAAAUACCAAUAUUAUUUUCAAGGUAUCUUUUAUUGA